AAAAACGAAGCCAUCUUGAUUUUGUUUUGAUUCAGUUGGCUUUGGCUCUGCGAGUUUGGAUGAAAUGAAAACAUUGAAUUCGUAGGUUAUGGCUGCAGCAUACUUUCAUUAUUAUUUAUUUAUUAGUUGACUAGUUUUAUUAAUGAAUUGUGCAGUAAUUUAACUAAUCAUGGAUGAAGUUGAAAAGUUGGAACAUCUCUCUCUAGUCUCGAAAGUUUGUACAGAACUGGAGAACCAUUUGGGACUGAACGACAAAGAUUUAGCUGAAUUUAUAAUACAUCUUGCUGAGAAGAACGACACCUUUGAAACCUAUAAAGCAGCGCUGAUUGAGAAUGGAGCUGAAUUCUCGGAAUCAUUCGUGGCAAACCUGCUACGUAUUAUCCAACACAUGAAACCAAGAAAAAGUUCGUCUUCCGGCAAGAAAACGGCCGACAGCGCUUCGACGGCACCGUCAAGUAAAACUGAACUUUUGGCCAAAAAGUUUCCGGGUCUGGCGAUUCCCAACGAUUUUGGGAAGACGGAAGAAGACGAAGAUGGUGGGAAGCGGGACAGUGAUAAAGAGGACAGGAAGGAGAAGGACGAAGAAGAGGGAAGCAGGAAAAAGAAGAAGAAAAAGCGGAGAAAGAGUGAUGAUGACGUGGAUGAUGCCAUGGCUGCGUUGGAGGCGCUGGCUCCUAGCUUCUCGAAAGAUACAAAAGUGAAGAAAGAGGAACGAUCCUGUUCGUCUUCCUCCUCAGAUUCAUCAUCGGUGGAACGAAGACGGAAAAGGAAGGAAGAGAUUGAGGAGGAAGAGGUAAAACAGAAGAAGAACUUGAAGAAGGAGAGACGAAGUCGCAGCCGUAGCAGAGGAGAGAGACGGAGAGAGCCGAAGAAGGAGAGGAGAAGUAGGAGUCGAAGUGGGGAUAGGAAGAGUAGGAGAGACAAAGACGAAUAUAGGAGUAGGGUGAAGAAGGAGAAGGACAGAAGUAGGGAGAGGAAUAGGAGUAGAGACAAAAGUAGGGAGAGGAAUAGGAGUAGAGAAAGAAGUAGGGAUAGGGAGAGAAACAGGGAUAGAAGUAGAGAGAGAAACAGGGAUAAAAGUAGAGAUAGAUAUAGAGAUAGGAGUAGAGACAGGUACAGAGAUAAGGAAAGGGAUAGAAAAAGGAAUAGUGAUAGAGAGAGACGUGAUAAGAGAAGGCAUAGUAGAAGUGUUUCUCCUUCUUCGAAGAAGCAGAGGAAGAAUAGACAUGAUGAUGAUGAUUCGGGAGGUUCGGACACGGAAGGACGUAAAAGCGGCCAACAGCUGAGUGACGAACCCGAGUUGGGGAAAAUUUACGAGGGAAAGGUGGCCAACCUGGUGCCGUUCGGGUGUUUUGUGCAGUUGGAAGGCCUGCGACGGAGGAUCGAGGGACUAGUGCAUAUUUCGCAGCUGAGGGCCGAAGGCAGGGUCACCAAUGUUAGCGAUGUCGUGUCCAGAGGGACCAAAGUUAAGGUGAAAGUACUGUCACUAACUGGACAAAAAGUGUCUUUGUCGAUGAAGGACGUGAACCAGACGACGGGGGCGGACCUGAACCCUUGCCUGGGGGCGGUGGAUGAGGAGGUGGCACACCGCAAUCCGGACCGGCCGAGCGGAGCCGGCAGCGGGUCACUGGGCCCCCUGGAGCUGCACGGCUCAGCUGACGGCCCGGAUAGUGGCAGUCGUAAAACAGUCAACCGCAUCUCGUCGCCCGAAAAGUGGGAGAUCAAACAGGUAUGUGUCAACCGCUGUAUAGACGCCAGCGAACUGCCGGAUUUUGAUGAGGAGACAGGACUCCUCCCCAAGGAGGCGGCGGAGGAGGAGGACAUCGAGAUAGAGAUGGUCGAGGAGGAGCCGCCAUUCUUGCAUGGUCACGGACGCAACCUGCACGAUCUCAGUCCGGUGAGGAUAGUGAAGAACCCGGACGGUUCGCUGGCUCAGGCGGCCAUGAUGCAGAGCGCCCUGGCCAAGGAGCGACGAGAACAGAAGAUGCUGCAACGCGAACAGGAGAUCGACUCUGUGCCAACCGGGCUAACUAAGAACUGGAUAGACCCUCUGCCCGAGAGUGACGGUAGGGCGUUGGCAGCGAAUAUGCGCGGAAUCGGUUUGACCAAUCAGGAUCUGCCCGAGUGGAAGAAGCACGUGAUUGGCGGAAAGAAGAGUUCGUUCGGCAUGAAAACUAACAUGACAUUGGUGGAACAGAGGCAGAGUUUGCCCAUAUUCAGACUCAAGGACGAGCUAAUCCGAGCCGUCACCGACAACCAGAUCCUGAUCGUGAUUGGAGAGACCGGGUCGGGCAAGACGACGCAGAUCACUCAGUACCUGGGGGAGGCGGGGCUGACUCAGCGGGGCACCAUCGGCUGCACCCAGCCGCGUCGCGUCGCCGCCAUGUCGGUCGCCAAGCGAGUCGCUGAGGAGUUUGGAUGUCGCUUGGGACAGGAGGUCGGAUACACCAUCCGGUUCGAGGACUGCACUAGUCAGGAAACAGUUAUCAAAUACAUGACAGACGGCAUGUUGCUGCGCGAGUGUCUGGUGGACCUUGACUUGAAGAGCUAUUCAGUGAUAAUGUUGGACGAGGCGCACGAGCGGACCAUCCACACAGAUGUGCUGUUCGGACUGCUAAAGCAGGCUGUCAAACGGAGGCCCGAACUCAAGCUCAUUGUCACCUCGGCCACCCUGGAUGCUGUCAAGUUUUCGCAGUACUUUUUCGAGGCGCCAAUUUUCACGAUACCAGGACGUACGUUUCCUGUUGAAGUGCUAUAUACGAAGGAACCAGAAACCGAUUACCUGGAUGCUAGUCUUAUCACUGUUAUGCAGAUACAUCUGAGGGAACCACCCGGCGAUAUACUGCUAUUCUUAACUGGUCAGGAAGAGAUCGACACAGCCUGUGAGAUUUUGUACGAGCGCAUGAAGUCUCUGGGUCCCGAUGUCCCCGAACUCAUAAUUCUGCCCGUCUACUCUGCGCUGCCCAGUGAAAUGCAGACUAGGAUAUUCGAAGCCGCUCCACCCGGAUCUAGAAAGGUGGUGAUAGCAACCAACAUAGCGGAGACGUCGCUGACAAUAGACGGGAUCUACUAUGUGGUGGACCCAGGGUUUGUGAAGCAGAAGGUGUACAACUCCAAGACGGGCAUGGACUCACUGGUCGUCACACCCAUAUCCCAAGCACAGGCUAAGCAGAGGGCAGGACGGGCUGGCAGGACGGGACCUGGCAAAUGCUACCGACUCUACACAGAACGCGCCUACCGCGAUGAGAUGCUGCCCACUCCUGUGCCCGAGAUACAGCGCACCAAUCUGGCCACCACUGUGCUGCAGUUGAAGACAAUGGGCAUCAACGACCUGCUGCACUUUGACUUCAUGGACGCCCCUCCAGUCGAGUCGCUCAUCAUGGCACUUGAACAACUGCACUCGUUGAGUGCACUCGACAGCGAGGGAUUGCUUACUAGGUUAGGCAGGAGGAUGGCCGAAUUCCCGCUGGACCCCUCGCUGUCCAAAAUGCUGAUAAUGUCGGUGCACCUGCAGUGCAGUGACGAAGUCCUAACAGUGGUCAGCAUGCUCAGUGUCCAGAAUGUCUUCUACAGGCCGAAAGACAAGCAAGCCCUAGCCGACCAGAAGAAGGCGAAGUUCAACCAGGCGGAGGGAGACCACCUGACGUUGUUGGCCGUCUACAACUCGUGGAAGAACAACAAAUUUAGCAACGCCUGGUGCUACGAGAACUUCGUGCAGAUCAGAACACUCAAGCGGGCUCAGGAUGUUCGCAAACAGCUGCUCGGCAUCAUGGACAGACACAAACUGGACGUUGUAUCGGCUGGAAAGAACACGGUCCGCGUACAGAAGACAGUGUGCUCGGGAUUCUUCAGGAAUGCGGCGAAAAAGGACCCGCAAGAAGGAUACAGGACGCUGGUGGACAGUCAGGUGGUCUACAUACAUCCUAGCAGUGCGCUGUUCAAUCGACAGCCAGAAUGGGUGAUCUAUCACGAACUGGUGCAAACGACAAAGGAAUACAUGCGGGAAGUAACCACCAUAGACCCAAAGUGGCUGGUCGAAUUCGCUCCCGCCUUUUUCAAAUUUUCCGACCCGACAAAGUUGUCGAAAUUCAAGAAGAACCAACGACUUGAACCGCUCUAUAACAAGUAUGAGGAGCCGAAUGCCUGGCGUAUAUCUAGAGUGCGACGUAGGAGGAAUUAGGAUGUUACUAUUGGGUUGCACCUUGUGUUCCGCAAGGGUCUGUUAGAAGCUCUAACAGAUUGAUUUCAGUUUUAUAGUUCCAUGCUGACAAUGAAAGUACUAACGACUGUAAUAAUCUAAAAUAGAAAAAACUAUUUUGAUUGGGCUUUCAUCUUGCAUAAACUAUGUAUCUUAAUUUGUAUAAAUUUGUUUUAAUUAUUGAAAUCAUAAAU